AUGCCUCCGUCUCCUGACCUCCAGGGCCCGUCACUUCGAGACGACCCGGUCAAAGGCCAGAUCUGGGUCUCCAAGUUCACCACAUCGAAGCCUACUCAGGAUACCUCGCGAGAGCUACUGCUUUCUUUGAUCGACCAGCUGAACGAGAGAAAUGUCCCUUAUGACCGGCCUGACUCGGCCUCGCUGGAAUUCGAAUGGCUCGGUUACCGUCACGAUGCGAAGAAAGACACCCCCAAACCGACCUCACUCUCCGAGAGCGAGAAAUUCCAGAAACUCAACGCGGAGACAAAAGGUACACUAACUAUCCUCUAUAUUUACGGCGGCACCUUUGCUUUGAAUACACCAUCCUGCUAUCCUCGAACAACAUCGUUCCUCGCCAAAGAGACUGGUGCAAAAGUGCUGAUGGUCCAUCAGCGACUCGCACCGCAGAACCCCUUCCCAGCCGCCCUUCUCGAUAUCUUUCAGGCGUACCUAACACUGCUCGCGCCCCCACCUAAUUCACCUCACGCCGCGGUCCCGCCAGGCUCGAUCCUCCUUCGUCUGAGACGCAAUGGCCGAUCAAUCGUCUUCCAUGGCCACACCGUUGAACCUGUCAUGCCCGCCGGAAUAGCCGUGGUCAGUCCCGCAACGGAUCUUUCCGCCUCGCUGCCCUCUUUCGUAUCGAAUGCGAAGACAGAUAUUUUCCAACUGCCACACGAAACGCUCCCGUACCUUCUUCCGGGCUAUCCCACCUGCCAGCUCUGGCCGACAAGCCCUCCUCGCGCGAACCUCUACUGCCAGCCGGGUAUGCUUGCGCAUCCUCUCGCCAGCCCUGCUGGCUCAGGUGACUGGACUGGGUGCUGCCCUAUCUGGAUGGCCUCAGGUCAGGAGCAAAGUAUCGACGCGGUACUAUUAAUCGCACAGGUAGCCCAUUCGCAGGGCGUCUCGGUUACCCUUCAGGAAUACGAAGCCAUGCCGCAUACAUUCUUUUUUACAUUCCGCGAUGCUCCACAGACAAAGAUGGUCUUUGCCGAAUGGGCACGUGCUAUACUAGGCUUCGCAAAGGGAGUGAGGCAUCCUUCUAGUUUCUGCUUCAUCCGUGCCAAGGGAUUGAUUGCACAAACUAGGCCCGCAGAGAAUCUGGUGCCGUUCACUGUAUCCCAGGCGCGGGAAAUGAUGUGGGUGAAGAGUCAGCGCCAUAAGCUCCCUGCCCACUUCCGGGAAGGCCGAUCCAAUCUGUAG